GCUUUCUGGGUGGAUAGAUCUACGAAACCUCUGUACGCCCCAGUGUGACUCGCGUUUUCCCUUCAGCGCCAACUCGGAGCCGCCACUCAAUUCCCCGAUUCUCUCACCUCGUCGCCGGUCCCGCCCCGUUAUUCGCUAUGGAAGAAGUUUGUCUCAAUAGUGAGCCCGUUUUUGAUGAGGGUGAUGAGUAUGACAGUAGGGGAGACUGUGGUCCAAUGGAACAUGAUAAUGAAACUGGUGAAAAGCAUUCAAAGAAGGAGCCACAUCCCCCAACGGUCGGCUUGGAGUUUGAUUCUUUCGAGGAAGCCUAUGAUUUCUAUAAUAUUUAUGGCAAGGAACAGGGUUUUGGUAUCAGAGUUAGCAACUCCUGGUUCAGAUCUAAGAGGAAGGAGCGGUAUAGAGCCAAACUUAGUUGUAGUAGUGCAGGUUUCAAAAAGAAGAGUGAAGCCAACAACCCAAGACCCGAAACAAGAACUGGUUGUCCUGCAAUGAUAGUAAUUAGGCUUUUGGACUCUAAAAGGUGGAGAAUAGUUGAAGUUGAGCUUGAACACAACCAUCCUGUGAGUCCACAAACCAAACGGUUUUAUAAGUCACAUAAGAAAAUGAUUGUUGCAGCAAGAAAGGCACAACCAUCACCAGAGCCUGUCACAGAAAUACAUACCAUCAAGCUGUAUGGAACAGCUUCAAUGGAUGCUGGACGUAAUGGAUGCUCAAAUGCUGAUGAAAGAGAGAGCAUCACUCCUGUUGAUCACUCCAGACAUCUGGAACUUAAAGAGGGAGAUGCACAUGCAGUUUAUAACUAUUUAUGUCGCAUGAAGUUGACAAAUCCAAACUUCUUUUACUUGAUGGAUUUUGAUGAUGAUGGUCGUCUAAGGAAUGUGUUUUGGGCUGAUGCAAGGUCAAGGACUUCAUCUGCUUAUUUUUGUGACAUGGUGGCAAUAGACACUACAUGCUUGUCAAACAAAUAUGAAAUUCCUUUGAUUUCAUUUGUUGGAGUGAAUCACCAUGGACAAUCUGUGUUGUUGGGUUGUGGCUUUGUUGGUCAUGAGUCGGUGGAAUAUUUUGUUUGGAUUUUUAGGACAUGGCUUAAAUGCAUGUUGGGGCGUCAACCCCAAGUCAUUGUUACUGAUCAACAUAAGGCCUUGCAAAUUGCUGUCUCUGAGGUUUUCCCAGAAGCUUGUCACUGUUAUAGUUUGUGGUAUAUUAUACAGAGAGUUCCAGAGAAGUUAGGGGGAUUGAAAGGAUUUGAAGCUAUCAAAAGGCAAUUGAAUAAUGCUGUCUAUAACUCCCUAAAGAUAGCUGAGUUUGAAGCUUCUUGGGCUGAAAUGAUCAGGCAGCAUGGCCUAGGGGAUAACAAAUGGCUCCGGACAUUGUAUGAAGACAGGAUGAGGUGGGUUCCAGUUUACUUGAAGGACACAUUUUUCGCUGGAAUGAUCCCCAUCCAUGAAAACGAGAGCUUGAAUGCAUUUUUUGAUGGUUAUGUACACAAGCAUACAUCUUUUAAGGAAUUUGUUGAUAAGUAUGAUCUCAUUUUACAUAGAAAGCACCUGAAAGAAGCCAUGGCAGAUCUGGAGUCAAGAAAUUCCUGCUUCGAGUUGAAAACUAGAUGUAAUUUUGAGGCCCAGCUCUCCAAAGUGUAUACUAAAGAAAUCUUCAAAAGGUUCCAAUCUGAAGUUGAGGGGAUGUACUCUUGCUUCAACACUAGACAGGUUAGUGUGAAUGGGCCAAUAAUAACAUAUAUAGUUAAAGAACGAGUAGAAAUUGAAGGAAAUGAGAAGGAAGUUAGGAUUUAUGAGGUUUUAUACGAGACAAGUCAAGUGGAUAUCCGAUGCAUUUGCAGUUUGUUCAACUAUAAAGGUUAUCUAUGCAGGCAUGCGUUAAAUGUUCUUAAUUAUAAUGGCGUGGAAGAAAUACCCUCACGGUAUAUUCUGCCGCGAUUCUGUAAAGAUUUCAAGUGCAGGCAACUUAAUGAUCAUGGCUCUAGUAAUGUUGAAGGUUAUGACCCAGUAUACUGGUGCAGUCACCUGUUUAAGCAGGUAUUGCCAGUAGCUGAAGAAGGAGCACAAUCUCAAGAACAUUAUAAUAUUGCAUUGCAAGAAUUGCAGGGGUUGUUGAACGGAUUCAACCUUGUAGAGGACAAUUUAGUCUAGCAGAGCCUAAUAUUGUCACGCUAAUGUAAGAAAUACUAAGCUUUUCUUUAUAAUAGAAGAAUGUGUUUAUAGUUAAUAUAAGGCUCCUGAAAAUUUAUGAGAAAAAUAAUUUUAAAAUUACAUU